CACGUCCAUAGUGUGUAUGAGAAAAUUGCUCCUCACUUCCAUGAUGCACGCUACAAGGCUUGGCCAAAGGUACAACAGUUCCUUUCAGAUCAGGAACCAGGCAACCUGAUUGCUGAUAUUGGGUGUUAAAGUGAAAUAUCAGUAACAAUGGCUUGGGCCAAACAUGUAAUGUCCGAUGUUACACAGACUUCUCUACAUUGCUCUGUGUGCGCACACUGGGCUUUGUGCUUUACGUGUCUCUUUUAUUUCUGAGUGUUCUCAUGAAUGGUUGGAGCUAAUUUCAUAGUGGUUUUUAGUGUAUUGUGAACUGUGAAAACAUAAGGGAUACGAUUCCUCUGGGGCCAGAGACCUGCGACUGGCUGGCUGAUUAGCCCCACCUGCUGCACCUGAGAAAGAGAUGGAACUUAAUUAAUUCACUCUUGGAAAAAGAGGGCAGAAGGAAAUGGAGGCGGGGAUUGCAACAACCUCCAGAAAGCUGAGGGACCAAGGGCUAUGCCUACAGUGGACUGCUAUGGGAGCUACUGCACAGAAGAAUUGCUCCAGGAACUACAUGGACUGAAGGGAGAUACUGUAGGGUCCUUCUUUUUGCUAAGCCUCUGAGGCUGUGGAAAUGGCAAAUACCUUCAUAUCAAUUCUCAAACCUAUAAACUUGGCUGUGAUUACUGCUUGCCUUUGGUGGAGUCAGCACGAAAUGAUGGCCAUGAAGUAAUGGUGUGUCAUAGUCUGUGCCUGCCAUAUCGGAAUGAGUGUUUUGAUGCCGUCUUAUCCAUUGCUGUGAUCCACCAUUUUUCAACAAAGGAGCGGCGCGUGCGAGCAAUAAAGGAGAUGGCUCGCACUUUGAGAGUAGGUGGCCAGAUGAUGAUAUACGUGUGGGCAAUGGAGCAAAAACGGCGAAAAUUUGAAAAGCAGGAUGUCUUUGUUCCUUGGAAUCCUUCACCACCUUCCUGGACCUUGAGUAACACUUGUUCAUGUGGAAUACAGAAAUCAAUUAAUCUAAAGGACAAAAGGCUGGCUUUGGACCAACACUCCACUAAGUUAGCUGGCACUUUGAAAGCAAGAAGCUCAUCCUUUGUGCGGGAGAAGGAAACCAUGCAAAACUUAUUUGAAAAAUCCGUGAGAUGGUCUCUCUUUUCGAGAUCACUUGAUUCAGUAUUAGACUUGAGUAAUCAGUGGCACCAAAGAGAGCUUAGCACAUUUUCCAAUUGCAAUAUUCAGCUGGAUGAAUCAAACAGGGGAAAGCUUUUUGAACAAAUCAGGCAAGUUGGCUUCAUGAAGCAUAUUUCCAACUUGUCUUUGCGUUGCAGGCAGAAUUCUGAAGAUAAGGCUUCUGAAGUAGCUGUAGAACCAGGGUCAACUAUGAUAUUUCAUCCAGUGCCUUUCAAAAGUUGUUGUUCAGAAUUAGGCCAGGACACUAAGCAGCACCCAAUGUCUCCAGCUAUAAUUCAUGACUGCAGCAGAGUGUGUUUACCUGACCUGCUUUCCCAUCAAAAAGAUAUCAAACAGCAACUUAAAAUAGAUUAUCAUCCAAAACAAUCAGCUUUCCGCAAACUCCAAAACAGAAGCAAAACCGACAGCUCUCUACAGGAUAAAGACAAUGAUUGUUCCAUGGCCACACGGAACAAACAGCUGCAAAAGAGUCCAAAUGGGGCUUGUCUUAGGUACUACCAUGUUUUUAAAGAAGGGGAGUUGGUUGAACUGAUAGAACAUCAUGUUCCUGAGCUCCAUGUUAUUCAUUCAUACUUUGACCAUGCAAAUUGGUGUGUGAUUGCAGAAAAGAUUCAUGUGUGGAAGAUCUAGGGGAAGAUUUUCAAAGGUACAGAUGCCUGACUGUAUUUGAAAGUCAAUGGGAGUUCGGUGCUUGGUAUUUGAAAUCGUCCCCCAAGCUUUUUAUCCCUAUCUUGUGCUUUGACUCUCUCUGUGACUUUGUUUCUUUUGUUUUGUACUUGACUGUCACAGUCAUAUACCCUUUUAAAAUCAUUUUAUAGAAACAUUUCCUUCUAUAAUGGUAAUUUCAGAUUGGAUACAUUUUAAGAUGCAUUGGAUACGAUUUCAGGUUGGAUACAUUUUUCCAUGGCUUUUUAAUAGUAGCUGUCAGUUUUGCUUUUUGUUGUUUUAGAAUAGUUAAAAUGCAUUUAUAAGUUUUUCCUGUUGCGAUGUUUCUAUAUGAAUAUUAAAGAUGUUUGUUAUUCAUUUAUAAUUAUUAUCUUUAAUGUCUUUUUAUAUUUAAAAUGUAUUAUGUGUUGGGGCUUGGAGUAAUAUAAGGCUGAUGGUACUUUUGAGAAGGAUUCAUUAUUUUAUUACAGUCUGCUUAUCAUUCUAUAUGAUACCUCAAGUCACAGUACAGAGACAGUCCUCAUAAAAGUACCAUAUAUAUAUAUAU